AUGUUCGUCUUCAAGCGAGGUAUGAUCCCUUCCUGCCUACAUCAGAAGCCUCAAUGGCCCUUCAGCUCGCGUCUUGAAGUCCCUCCCUGCACGUCCACGUCGCUGACAACUCUUCUAGAUGGACGCAAGGAACGCGUGCAGUUCGACAAGAUCACGGCACGUGUCUCGAGACUGUGCUAUGGUCUCGAUCCCGAACACGUCGAUGCAGCAGCUAUCACACAGAAAGUGAUUUCUGGUGUUUAUCAGGGUGUAACCACGAUCGAGCUCGACAACUUGGCCGCAGAGACUGCUGCUUACAUGACCGUCACCCAUCCCGACUAUGCCAUCCUCGCAGCACGUAUUGCUGUCUCCAAUCUUCACAAACAGACCAAGAAGCAAUUCUCUUCCGUCAUCUCGGAUCUCUACCACUAUAUCAAUCCCAAGAAUCAAAAGCCCUCUCCCAUGAUCUCGCAGGAGACAUACGAGUGUGUUAUGAGACAUGCUGAGGAGUUCAACUCGGCCAUUGUGUACGAUCGAGACUUCAACUACCAGUACUUCGGCUUCAAGACGUUGGAGAGAUCAUACCUGCUCAAGAUUGGCAAGCAAGUCGCCGAACGACCACAACACCUGCUCAUGCGAGUUGCUGUCGGCAUCCACGGAGAUGAUGUCGAAAAGGCCAUCGAGACAUACAAUCUGAUGUCCCAGAAGUGCUUCACUCAUGCCUCGCCGACCCUCUUCAACGCCGGCACACCCCAACCUCAACUCUCAUCAUGCUUCUUGAUCGACAUGAAAGAGGACAGCAUUGACGGUAUCUACGACACCCUGAAGACUUGCGCGCUGAUCUCCAAGACUGCCGGCGGUAUUGGUCUCAACGUCCACUGCAUCCGUGCUACCGGCUCAUACAUUGCCGGCACCAACGGCACGUCCAAUGGUCUUAUCCCCAUGCUCCGCGUCUUCAACAAUACCGCUCGUUAUGUCGACCAGGGCGGUAACAAGCGCCCUGGCGCUUUUGCCAUCUACCUCGAGCCGUGGCAUGCCGAUGUCUUUGAUUUCUUGAACCUGAGAAAGAACCAUGGCAAGGAAGAAGUCCGUGCACGUGAUCUGUUCUUUGCUCUGUGGACUCCUGAUCUUUUCAUGGAACGUGUUGAGAAGAACCAGGACUGGACUCUGUUCUGCCCUCACGAGGCUCCCGGCCUGGCCGACGUAUACGGAGACGAAUUCGUCGCUCUGUUUGAGAAGUAUGAAAGAGAAGGCCGUGGUCGCGCCACCAUCAAAGCCCAGAAGCUCUGGUAUGCCAUCCUCGAAGCACAGACCGAGACUGGAGGACCUUUUAUGCUGUAUAAGGAUGCCUGCAACAAGAAGAGCAACCAGAAGAACUUGGGUACCAUCCGAAGCUCCAACCUCUGCACCGAGAUCGUCGAAUAUACUGCACCAGAUGAGGUUGCCGUGUGCAAUCUUGCCUCUCUGGCUCUCCCUACCUUUGUCGAUCAAGCUCGUGGCGAGUAUGACUUUGGUCGCCUCCACGAGGUCGUCCAAGUUGUUACUCGCAACCUGAACAAGAUCAUUGACAUCAACUACUACCCGGUGCAAGAGGCCAAGAACAGCAAUCUCCGUCACCGACCAAUUGGUCUUGGUGUUCAGGGCCUUGCAGAUGCGUUCCUUGCUCUGCGUCUUCCUUUUGACUCUCCCGAGGCUCGACAACUCAACAUCCAGAUCUUCGAGACCAUCUAUCACGCCGCCCUCACAGCAUCAUGCGAACUUGCCAAGGAGCAAGGUCCUUAUCAGACAUACGAAGGUAGCCCUGUCUCCCAAGGCAUUCUCCAGUAUGAUAUGUGGAAUGUCACUCCAACAGAUCUGUGGGAUUGGGACUCCUUGAAGGCCGAAAUUGCCAAAUAUGGCGUCCGCAACUCGCUUCUGGUUGCGCCCAUGCCUACUGCAUCCACGUCUCAGAUUUUGGGCAACAACGAAUGUUUCGAGCCAUACACAUCCAACAUCUACUCCCGUCGUGUGUUGGCCGGCGAGUUCCAAGUCGUGAACCCAUGGCUUCUGAAGGACUUGGUUGAGCUCGGACUUUGGUCUGACAACAUGAAGAACCGCAUCAUUGCUGACGGUGGUUCGAUUCAGAACAUCCCCAACAUCCCUGCCGAUAUCAAGGCUCUGUACAAGACUGUCUGGGAAAUCAGCCAACGUACUGUCCUGCAGAUGGCCGCCGAUCGAGGUGCCUUUAUCGAUCAGUCUCAAUCCCUCAACAUCCAUCUCAAGGAGCCAACAAUGGGCAAGAUUACGUCGAUGCACUUUGCCGGCUGGAAGAUGGGCCUGAAGACUGGAAUGUAUUACCUGCGAACCAUGGCCGCCAGUGCCCCCAUCCAAUUCACUGUCGACCAAGAACAGCUCAAGGUUGAAGACACUAAUGUGGCACGUGAGCGAAGCAUGCCCAAGAAACGCACCUCGCUGGGCUACGGGCCGAGUUACCAAUCUGUCCCACGCCCAAUGUACGCGACCAAGACAUCUCCUUUCAGUACAGGCGGCUCUGCCACUUCUCUGAAUGGUAUUCCCACUCCUACAUCCACGCCUCCUCCCAGCAGCGAGGAUAAGACUCUGGACCUUGUCCGCAAACUGACCAAGACGCGCUUGAGCGAUGGUACCAGCAGUGAAGAACCUAGUCCCAAGGUUUUGCCCACUGAUCCCGUCGGGACUCCUGACGUGGAGGAGAGCCUCGAGAACAGAGCGGAGAUCAAGCGUCUCCAAGUCGAAGACAAGGAACGUGACUCGGAAGAACGUGAGGGUGAUAUCUACUCACAGAAGGUUCUUGCUUGCUCAAUUGAGAAUGGAGAUGCAUGCGUGAUGUGCAGUGGUUAA